GGAUCUAACGAAACAAGAGAGAACGAGCCUUCGACAUAACAUGAUAGCGGUAUUGACCAGACGAGCAAGUGGAGGGGAUUGCUUUCGAAAAUAUAUAUCGCGUAUUCUAGACCGCAGAGAUUUAUCCGCUGCUAUCUCGAAGAAAACCAAAAUGAGUAAAUUAACUCCAGAAGAACGAGAGCAGAACUUGAGUCCGUUGUUGUCAACGGGAUGGACUGUCCAAGCGAACAGGGAUGCAAUCUACAAGGAGUUUGUAUUUAAGAACUUCAAUGAGGCCUUUGGAUUUAUGACAAGAGUGGCUUUACAGGCUGAAAAAAUGGAUCAUCAUCCCGAGUGGUUCAAUGUUUACAAUAAAGUAAAUAUCACUUUGUCGUCUCACGACGUGAAUGGAUUGUCACAGAGAGACGUAAAACUGGCGACGUUCAUAGACAAGGUCGCUACUCCUACUGGCAAAUAAAUUUCUGCUGGCCUGCUGAUCUGUGUGGAGCUCCAUCUGUUAUACAUUUAUUAUGCAUGUGAUGACAAUAAUGAGAAAAAAUAUUGUUUGUUAUAAUUUGUAGCAUAAAUGUUGAUGGUAUUGAUUAUAUUUUUUAGCUCGCAUG